AUGAGUAAAUCGAUCGAUCGAAUAAUUAUACUAGUCUUUAUAUUGUUAAAUGUUACAAGUUAUUUUGUGGGACUUACUCACCUUUCAGAGGGAGUCUCUUAUAGUGCGCUUCUAGUUCAAGCCUGUGGCGGUACUGUCAGCGCGGUCACGCCUCUAGUGGUAGACUCGCAACUAAAAACGCCUCAACACCGCCAAGCGGCAACAACUGGGACCACUCAACGUACUGUAGAUCUCACACGGAUAUACACAGAUAAAUCGCUGAAGAUACCACCACAGCUGUGGCAUCCAAAUCAUCUAAUUAAUCCAAUUAAAGUUUAUUAA